UCAGUCAUAUAAUCAGCCUUAAGACAUACUUUAGAAAAAAUAUUGGGUUACGUUUGAGCAGCUUUGCCACAACUCCUCAGUGGACGACCUUCGAGAAAAUCUGUGAGAUUUUAACCAGCGAUUAUUGUAUGGGCAUCUACCUUGGGUUUGUCGCUCAUGGAUAUCAAACCACUGGUCUUCCUUCGACUGAACAUCCAAGAGCAGAUAUAAGCG